AUCAAAGCACAUAUUUACACGUUACCGGAAUUGUGGCUCUCGGAUUCUCGCCGCUGCCCACUUCUACUGCCAUCCAAACGCGCCCCUAGUGUCCCCGUCGCGGACGGUUCUGUUGAGUGAAAACGAAAGUGUUCAGAAUUUUAUGCUUGCCUCGAUAAUCGUGCGUAGCGGUAGACUUCUUCUAAGCCGGCAACACGCAGGAACCACCGUUACCCGCGCCUCACAGCUGUCCAGUGUUUUCCAUCGAACGAUAAAGUUUGGACGUAUAGCGAUGCCGGAAGCCGCAACAGCAGCCGCCGAUUGUACCGAGGGUCAUAAGGUCCCCCAGUAUCCGGAAGCUCGCCGUGACGAUUCCGUGGUGGAUGAGUUUCACGGAGUGAAGAUAGCGGACCCGUAUCGCUGGCUGGAGGAUCCGGACUCGGAGGAAACGCGCGAGUACGUCGAGCGGCAGAAUGAGAUCUCGAAACCGUUUCUCGAUACCUGCCCCGAAUGGAAAAAGCUGAACGAGAAGUUGCGGAAGCGCUGGAACUAUCCGAAGUACUCGUGCCCGUUCAAGCACGGGAACAAGUACUUUUUCUUCAUGAACACCGGGCUCCAGAACCAGGAUGUCCUGUACGUGCAGGAAAGUCUUAAAGGUGAACCGAAAGUGUUUCUCGAUCCGAACACACUGUCCACCGAUGGUACGAUUGCGCUCGUUGGUUCACGCUUCUCGGAUGAUGGACAGCUGUACGCGUACGGGUUGAGUCAGAGUGGUUCGGAUUGGACGAAGCUGAAGAUCCGUAACGUGGAGACUGGCGAAGACUUCCCGGAAACCAUCGAACAUACCAAAUUCGUCACGGCCUCGUGGACAAAGGAUAACAAGGGGUUCUUCUAUGCCCGCUACCCGGUCGUGGAUGGCAAAGCGGACGGGUCAGAGACGGCGGCCAAUGAGAAUCAGAAACUGUACUAUCAUCGGGUCGGCGAUUCGCAGGAUAAGGAUGUGUUGAUUGCCGAGUUUCCUGAGGAACCUUCGUGGCGAUUGAUGCCGGAAGUAUCGGACUGUGGCAAGUAUCUGAUGCUUUUCAUCAUGAAGGGCUGCAAGGACAUGCUGCUGUACUUCAGCAAUCUGGAGCAGGCGGGUGGCCUGUCCGGCAAGUUGGAUUUUGUGAAGGUUGUCACGGAAUUUGACAGUGAUUACGAUUACGUCACCAACGAGGGAAGUAUUUUCUCGUUCCGCACGAACAAGGGCGCUCCUAACUACCGGAUUGUUAAUAUUGAUUUCAACGAGCCUUCGCUGGAAAAUUGGAAAACGCUCGUACCUGAGCAUCCGAAGAAUGUGCUCGAUUGGACGACGUGCGUGAACAAGGAUCGGAUUGUGCUUGGCUACAUCGACGACGUGAAAUCGUUGCUCCAGGUGCACAGCCUGGCGGACGGCACUUUUGUAUCAAAGUUCCCGCUUGACAUCGGCACGGUCGUUGGGUUCAGUGGGAAGAAAAAAUAUUCGGAGAUCUUCUACCACUUUGUGUCGUUCCUGACGCCCGGCAUCAUCUACCAUUACGAUUUUGCGACCGAAGAUACGACGACCGUUGAACCGACCAUCUUCCGUGAGGUGAAGAUCGAAGACUUUGACAACAGUCAGUACGCGGUGGAGCAAAAAUUCUAUCAGAGCAAAGACGGAGAAAAGGUGCCAAUGUUUAUCGUGCAGCGAAAGCAGGAGAAAAAGGAACACAAACCAUGUCUGCUGUACGGAUACGGUGGGUUCAAUAUAUGUGUGCAGCCCUCGUUCAGCAUUACCGGUCUGGUGUUUAUCGAUUCGUUCGAUGGUAUCCUGGCGUACCCCAACAUCCGCGGAGGAGGAGAGUACGGUGAGCGGUGGCACAAUUCUGGCCGAUUGCUGAAGAAGCAGAAUGUGUUUGAUGAUUUCCAGUACGCCGCUCAGUAUCUGGUGGAGCAUGGUUACACGCGUCACGAAAAGAUUGCUAUCCAGGGAGGCUCGAACGGUGGACUGUUGGUCGGAGCAUGCAUUAACCAGCGACCGGAUUUGUUCGGUGCUGCCAUCGCACAAGUCGGCGUGAUGGAUAUGUUGCGAUUCCACAAGUUCACCAUCGGUCGUGCCUGGGUCUCUGAUUAUGGUGAUCUUAAUGAGAAAGAUCACUUCGAAAACCUGCUGCGCUACUCUCCGCUGCACAAUGUGCGUCGACCGACGUCGGAGAAGGAACAGUAUCCAGCGACGCUCGUGCUAACUGCCGAUCACGAUGACCGCGUAAGUCCGCUCCAUUCACUGAAGUUCGUAGCCGCCCUCCACCAUGCCAUCAAUGGGUGCGAGUACCAGCGGAACCCACUGUUACUGCGUGUUUAUAGCAAGGCCGGCCACGGUAUGGGUAAACCGACAGCGAAGAAAAUUGAAGAAUCUACCGACAUCCUCACGUUUAUGUACAAAACACUCGGCCUCAAACUAACGUUCUGAGCAAACUGAGGAGAUAAUGACGGUGCGGAAUCGAUCCGUUCUCCGCUUUGCAGCAUGCACUAUGAUUUCGGAUUUUGUCGCCGAAUGAUGUUUCAUUUGCGAUAGCCAACCCCCUUCGAUGCCACGAUUGUUUAGCUCCCUGCGUUUUGCGUUAAUGGCGAUUUGAAAUAAAGAUUUGUUUAAACUGAA